CGAAAAGAAACCCACGGACGCACAGACUGGAGAAUGACGAGUGGUGCUAGGGGAUGAGGGAAAAGCUUUACCAACAACAUCUCUCUCCACUGGCUGCAGUCCCAACAGGUGUUGCACACAGAAGACGUCGCCCCGGUUAGUGUCACUAGCGGGCUUUCGGUGGCCCGCAUGACAUCUAGGCUCUUUAGGACCUCGACUCGCGAAUCUCUCUCGUCUCUUCUCGUCUUGUUCCCAACUGCGAUCCUAAACCUCCACCGGCCGCUAUCGCCAACCGCCAACGGGAGUCUCGAACAACAUUUUCUUGUCAUCUCGCCACGGCACUUGCAGCCUUGUGUGUGGGGACCGGGGAAGACCCAUUCACCGGGGUGGUUGCCUUGAACGGCCCGGAGCCAGCUGCUUUCGCUUGGCGCAGCCUACUGUCGGGUGUACGCCUGAAUGCAACACGAUUUCGCAACAGCGACAACAUCAAUUGCGGCUACGUGCACAAGUGAGACGGAGCAGGCCACGCUCUGCCGAUCAGUGAACAGUGUGACCUCAAUAAAGAAAGGAAAAGAACCCGCAUCCACAAUCAGGCUCUUCGCAAUUCACUCACAGCGUCACGGGCUCCUCUCGCUGCAGUACUGGUUCUGGAUCUCAUCUCAAUCAAUUGCCGCAUCCCGCUCCACCACGGGUCUGGAAGGCACUUGCCUAAAAAAAGGCACAGAACUUGAGACGCCGGCUCUGAGAUUCCCCCACAAAAACGGCUUUUGGGGUCCAUCGUCCACUCCUCGCUGGAACCCCCGAAUUCAAACCAAGCUGGAUCUUAGCGCACCCCGGCCCUCAUUUUUAAGCGGCCGACACAUUGACACUUUCGAGCCUUCCCUUUCCGAGUCCUACCCUGUCGUGUGCUCGCCCUGCCCUGCCCAGCUUCUGGACCCGCAGACUCGACGCAGCUCAUCCCUGCCAAUCCCACCCCCUGGUCGCCUUGCGUUUCCCAUCGAGGGAAAAGGGCCCCUCCUCCCAGGUCGCCAACCGCCGGUUGGCGUUGGUCGCCUCCUGCAUUCUCUCGAAAGCACCGCUAAUAACGACAGCUGGGCAUCCUCUCUCGUUUUGGCCGCCCCGAGGUGGGACAGUGAAGUCGGUCACCUUAACAUAGUAUUUCGCAGCCCCUCCCAAAAUCGAUUCCGACAUCUCACACCUUCGUUCGAUACCCGGCACAUAUAUUCCAAGUCCAAGGCGUCAAUACAUUUGAAGUCAACUCAUUCGGCGGCACAUACGCUGCGUUGCGUUCGAUAGCUACGCCUGCAGCUACCCGCGUUAUAAUAACCUUGGCCGGACAGGCUUCCGUGCCAACUUCCAUACAUCCACGACCAUUCCACCACGAUACCCACCUUAUACACUAAGGUCACAGCACACUCCGAUUGCCGAUAAUGGCAAACACGGUACGUUCCUUUCUUAAUAUCAUAACCGUAUUGCGCCCUAUUUGGCAACAUUCUGCCCACUCCCGGACACGAGCCGCACCAGGCUCUUGUCACGUUCGCAUCUGCCAU